CCGCUUCGUCCGAUUGCACUCAUAUCGAUGGUUCUCUAUCGUUUGUUGUUUUAGGAAAAAUGCAGUUGUAAACAUUUAUCAUAAUUUCAAUCGUGCCAGUUCGGUUGUUUCAAUUUUCGAUAAUGCCGAAGCAAAAGUGGACUACAAGUGGUAAACAGUACUGCGCCGAGCCGGAACAUGAUCCGUACGAGCUGUUGUACAGAAAAUCGGACAUCUUCUACGAAUACCUGAACGAUGCACCGUGCAAGGUUCCAAACGUCGAGGAACACCUUGCCGACCCGAUGGAAUUGCUAGAGACUAUAGAUAGUAUCGAUCUACCGGCGCACCGGCUGACGGGAAAGGUACGGCUGCAGUACUUGAAUUUCUUGGAAAAAUUACUGGAAAAUAACUACGAUGCAUGGUCCAGUACGGUGGAACCGUAUGAAAGUGUAACAUUCACACCAGAUGAGGUGAAAAGAUGCGCUGCAAGUAUUGAAAUGAAAGCGGUGCAGUCCUGUAUGAUCAUGUCAUUGUAUCGAAAUUACGUUCUCAAGUUGAUCUCGCAAAUUCGUAAGGAAACCAAAGAAGUUAGCCUGCACCCGACCCUUAUCAACAUGAAGUUCACACCAAAGAUAAUUAAGAAAGAAUGCUCCCAUGUAGCAGUCCAAACCGAUCCGUAUGAGGAACCCUAUAGCAUACAAGCAAAUAUGGUAAAUUUUCUCGAAAGCAAUGAUCUUCCACUUCUGGAUGUACCUGCGAUGUCUCUGGAUGAGAAAAUUCGCAAUUUUGAACGUAAAAUGCAACUAACUAGCCCGGAGCUAAGGGCUAAAAAAAGUAAACGUGAAAAAAGCAGACGCAAGGAACGAUCCCGAUCUCGUAAUAGGGAUCGUUCGUCUUCCCACAUGGAAAGGAAGGACAAUUCAUGCUAUUCAUUGCACCAUGAAGGGGAAGACAAUCUGAAAGAUCAGCAGCGAAAGCCAAUAGAUACCUUGAUGUCCCCUAUUACCAAGCUUCCUGAGCCAGGAAACGAUGGUGCUCAAGACGAUCAAAUUAUGCGAGAAUUGGAAGCUAUGUUCGAAACUGGCGACAAUGGAAACAUAUUUGAUUCCUGUGAAAAUCAAGUUCAAAUCAAUGCCAUCAUCAACGAGAUUGAAAAGUUUGAACCUACAAAUGCAUGUGAACAUUCUUCCUCAACACGUAAGCCACCUAAUCAGCAGAUCCUUGAAGUUCAACAAGAAAUUCUUGAAUUGCAAUCCCCCAAAUACGACUUUGACGAUGCACACACUGGUUUGCUUGUAUCUAAAGAGUAUUCCAAGCUUGGAUCUAGCGAGGAAAAGAAGGCUGACCUUAAGAAAAGCCUAUGGCCAUGUGAAUUGCAUAUGCAGAAAACAAAACUACGGGAACUACUGAGCAAUAUUGCCGAUAUGAACUAUCUGAGGUACGAACGUAUCCGCGCUCGGUUUGUGAUUUUUUUCGGCGAAUACGAAGAAGAAGAGGAUGAAUUGGGUCCGUACAGUCCAUCGAUUGAGUUAAAUGAAAUAUUGGUGUCUAGCUGUCGUCAGCGGAUUGCAAAAUGGGUUGUGCAAGCGCUAAUGAAGCCACUAAAUGAUGGUCUAAUUGCCAAUAGGUUCCUGUUCAAAAGACUCGCCAAACAUGUGGCAGAUAAUAUCAUUUAUUUGAACCAGUAUCCGGAUCAACGUUUUAUCAAAAACUACGUGGUGGAUUAUUUCUGUACGCAUACUUUUAUUUCCUCGGUAGAAGAUAUGAAUUAGAUUUGUCCUAGGGGGUCCUAUGUGCGUAGUUUGCUGUUUCAUAAAAUCCUAAACUUACAGGCAGUGAUAUCAUCGAUCUAUUUUUUUCAUGAUCCAAUGGAAGGAAUGCAACAAUCGAUGCAUUUAAAAUUAUUGUAGCAAUUAACAAUGAUGUAAUUCUGUGAAUUAUCUAACUUACGUUACUUUAAAUAUAGUUUUGAUUUAUUUUUUGAAGCAUUUCAAAAUAAAUAGUGAAGCUCUUA